AUGGUGCUGACUCGGCAAGCAACGGCAGCGACCGAGGGUCGGGCAGCCCUUGCCCUCACAGACCUGCCUUAUCGCAGCCCUCGCCCUUCUACUUCCACUGCUCAAGUACAAGAAAAGCUUCACAUCCUCAGCCUGCCUCCUGAAAUACUUGAGCACAUCAUCGACUUCCUCCCAUACCAGGAGGUUGCACAUGUCCGAUUGGUGAGCAAGAGAUUCAAUGAUGUGGCAGGCGGGCUCCUGACAGCCACAUUUCAGAGGCUGCUCCACCAGAUGCAGCAGGAGUAUCACAUUAUCCGGGCACAAAUGCCAAGGCGGGAGUCAGCCCGCCGGAGUCACCCAUUAGCGCGCAAGUGGGACAUCUAUGAGACACUCUCCAUGCGCCUCUCUCUCCUCCAAAUGACUCUUGGAAAACACUUGGACCUCAAUCACAUCCCAUUCUUCCCUGGGGAGAUAUUGGAUGAGGUGUUCCGCAUCCUCCACUACAUUCAGGUGACUCCAAACAUAGAGAAUCUGCGAGCAUUCAAGCUCACAGAUGAACUCUUUGACCUCUCUGAAAUGGCCAUGGAGUACUUCAAAGAGAAGAUAGAGCCAGCAUUACCAGAGAUAUCGUACUUCAAUUCUGAAUUCUGGGACUUCACAUUCUCAGGUCUGCCUGGCUAA